AUGACUGUUUCAGUUCUGGUCGACGUCACCACUAAUGCUCUUUGCCCGGGACAGAACACUUGCCCUCAAGCCAUCUACAUUAAUGGCGUCCAGCAAACUGUAGUCGGCAUAUUCAAGAUGAUAGUUCUUCCACUUUUGGGUCAGUUGGCGGAUGAGUACGGACGAAAACCAUUGCUUCUUAUCACUGUAUCCACCACAAUUGUUCCUUUCACUUUACUUGCCAUUGAUCAAUCAAAAGGAUCUGUGUAUGCUUAUUAUGCUAUCCGGACCAUUUCCUAUAUCAUAAGCCAAGGGAGCAUCUUUUGCAUUUCUGUUGCUUAUGCUGUAAAUGUUAUUGAUGACAGUAAAAGGGCUGCUGCCUUUAGUUGGAUCACAGGCCUUUUCUCCGCUUCACAUGUUGUAGGUAAUGCCUUAGCGUGUUUUCUUCCCGAAGGAUACAUAUUUGAGGUGUCGAUAGCUCUGUUGAUCUUUGUUCCUGUUUAUAUGGCACUUUUUCUGAAAGAAACAGUGGGACCAAUUCAAAAACCAGACCAGCACAUCUCUUUCUUUAACAAGGCAUUGGAUAUUGUUAAAGGAAGAUAUUAUGCAAUGAAGUAUCCGGUGCGUGUUGUUACCAGCAGUUCAACGCUUAAGCGCAUUUCUCUUGUUUCCUUCUUCUAUGAAUUGGGGAUGUCUGGCAUCAGCAGCGUCCUAUUGUAUUACUUGAAAUCAGUUUUUGGUUUCAACAAAAAUCAGUUGUCAGAAAUCUUGAUGAUGGUGGGGUUGGCUCUAUUUUUUCUCAGAUUCGCAAAAGUCAAUAGUCAUACUAGUGACUUAUUCUAA